AUGGCUACUGAUUCCAGUAAUGGCAGUCGUAUCUUAAGUAUUGAAACUUUGCCAGGGAAAGGUCGAGCUUAUGUUGCCACUAAAGAUAUAACUGCAGGAACUGUCAUUCAUAUCGCCGAACCAUUGGCUACAGCUGUGUCACAAGAAUGGAUACCGGAAACAUGCAUGUGGUGUUUUGAUUUUGGUUACCCAAAGAAGCAAAAGGUCAAGAUAGUAGAUACUCCAAUAGAAAUGCAAGCACUGUAUCAAGAAUGGGAACAAUAUAAGAAUCAAGAACAUUGCCGAAUAUCAAAGAGGAACGUCAAGAAAGAAGAUAUGAGAAUUUAUAAGAACAUGUUAUUCUGUUCAGAAACAUGCCGCGAAAAAUUCAAGAAGUCGGGAGAUCAUUCAAACAAUCCCUCAUUAAUGGAAUGGAAACUGAUAUUAGCCAUGAAUAUGAAAUUAGACCAAGAAUAUAAAGAUACAAUGAAAAUAGAGCCAAAUUUGAUUACAACAGCAGCUUCUACAACGACUAUGACUUGUCAGCCUCUUGAAGGAAACGAUCAGUGGAUAGAUGCCAAUGAUGAUAGUCUUUUGCUUGCUUGGUUGGAUACAGCUUGGUCAUGCUUGACCAAAGAUUCAGGAAUCUAUAAAGAAAUAGACGAUGCCGAUAGAACAAUGUGUAGGCUGAUAGCUGCAUGUAUCAUAAAAAAAUACGUUGAAGAAGAGACUUCCAACAAGGCCCAAUUACAGAAUAUGUCGCUCGGAUUUAAAGAUCUUCUCCUCAUUCAGGACAACGAAUUGUCAUUUUUCAGAAGCUGCUUUCCGAAGACUUUACAACGUUUGCCGCCUCUAACUCAAUUAGACAGCGCCAGUAGGAAAUCCUUAUUAUUGUCUUUUCUUCCAAUAGAGAUAAAGGAUGUGAUGGCAUUGUACUGCUUCUUCCAACGCGCCUUAUCAAAUAGCUCCUUGGAGAAUAUACCAGCAUUAAAGAACGUCGAUCAUCCAUUGUUCCGAACAAUAUACUUUCGCGAAAAGGCAAAUAGUUUCGGGCUAUGGGAGCUCAGUGAUCGCGGUCAGGAUAUAGAUAACGGCGGCGUCACGGAUGAUCUGGAGUUGCUGGGCUGGGGCAUAUAUCCAUCUGCAGUUUACUUCAAUCAUUCAUGUGAUGCAAACGUUAAGAAAGUGAGAGAUGGCAGGAAUAUUAAGUUUAUUGCUCGACGCCCGAUAGAGCAAGGCGAAGAAGCUUGUAUCUCGUACGGAUCGAUAGAGGAAAGUGUGAAUGAGCGCCGUUCAAGGCUACUCGAACAUUAUUACUUUCUUUGUCAAUGUACACGGUGUUUAAAGGAAACAAUAUCAGAACCUCAAUAG